AUGACUGCAAAAUUGAGGCCGUUUCGACUCAUUCUGGCGUUGGCGGUCGUCGUCGUCGUUGCUGCUGCUGCUGCUGCUGCUGCUGCUGCUGCUGCUGCUGCUGCUGCUGCUGCUGCUGCUGUGGAGCCCCAGCCUGCACCCGCUGCACCCAGGCACCCAUUCACUGCUCGCGCUGGCUUCAACGCGCAGGCGACUGCGGACGCUGCCGCUCGGCCGCGCUCAAACAGCAGGCUGAUUUACGUGCCCGACUUGGCCGUUCCGCACCGCCACACUGUUGCCCGCGCCGCCACCCCGUCCGCAGAUCGCCCACCGCAAACCCAGCGAAAUGUUCUGUUCCACGAUAUCGGCACGUAUGCCAACGUUGACUGGCUUGGAGAUGGCAGCGAUGUCGUCCUUGCACUCUUCAUGGACACUCUGCUGCCCGGCACGGGUUUUGCCUCCCGGUACUGGCGUUCGGACGACUAUGGACACACGUUCACAAACAUGGCGUCUGCCCUGCCUGCUGACGCCGUCGUGUACGACUGGCAUUUCGACAACUUUUUCACGAGCCGUUUCCAUCUUACGGACGCGAAAAAGAAUGUCACAUACGUCACUAUCGAUGGUGGUGCGAGCUACACUGCGCGAAACACGCCCUUCUACCCGUCCGCCUUCCUCUUCCAUCCCUCUGAUCCCAACACGUUGAUGGCCAUCAACUCGCGCGUCUCAAACGUCAACCUGGCAUUUGGCGAUCUCUGGAUUUCGACCAACAACGGAGGCUCGUGGACCAUGAUUCUCAAGCAAGUCGAGCAGUUUGCCUUUGGCGAUGUGACGUAUGGCGAUGCCGAGGGUACCAUCUAUGCCCAGACCCGUGCUGUCCGUCUCAAACGAUCUUGGAGCAACUUUUCAGACCUUGAUGACUGGACUUUCACCGAUGCGCAAGACCUGUACGUGUCCCUCAAUCGCUCCACAUUGACCAAGGCGACAUUCCCUGUGGCUGGCACGGCCGAAGGUGUCUUUGUUCUGGACUCGUUCGAGCAGCAAGUCUUUGUCGCCCACGCGUCCUACUUUGGCGAUACCAAUCGUCGAGACUUGUACAUUUCUGGCCGUCAAGGCCUCUCCUACGUUGCUUCGCUCGAGGACAUUGUCUACCUGCCGAGCAAGAACAGUCGUGGAGUGAUUGAUUUCACUCCCGUGAAUAGCAUGCGGGGUGUUUACAUUGCCAAUCAUUUGGUCACGUUUGGAACCGAUACGUUGGUUCGCUCGGUCAUUACCUACGACAAGGGCGGCAACUGGCAUGCAAUUACUCCUCCGGCGGAAGACGUCGAUGGCGAUCCGUUUUCAUGCAUUGCUGCCAAUUGCUCGCUGCACCUCCACAGCGAUUUGACCGCUGCCCUGCCUUUCAUUCGUGCCACGCCAAUUUACUCGUCGGCGUCGGCCAUUGGCCUGAUUGUUGCAUCCGGCGUCGUGGGCGCCGACCUGGAUUACUACAGCGACGAGGUGCCGCAAGAUGUGUUUGUCAGUCGUGAUGCAGGCGCCAACUGGAAGCACGUGCUGCGCGGCUCGCACAUGUUUGCCACGGCCGAUCAUGGCGGUCUCAUUGUGGCGAUCGAACGGGACAUUAACACGAAUAUUCUCUCCUUUUCGUACAACGAGGGUCGGACGUGGCAACAAUUCCAGUUUUUCGAGGACAAGAUUCGCAUCGCUGGCCUGCUGACCGAGCCCGGCGAAACCUCGGUCGUGUUUUCCGUUUAUGGUUAUGACGAGUACGUGUAUGAGUGGAUUGCCAUCCAGGUGGACUUUUCGACUGUGCUUGGCGAGCCGUGCACUGAGAGCGACUACGAGUUUUGGGCGCCGCUCGAUCCGUCGAGCGACAUGCCGUGCAUCCUGGGUCGUUCGCGCGUCUACGAACGUCGCAAGCUGUCUGCGCGCUGCAUCAAUGGAAGGGACCACGAAGCUGUUGUGCAGGAUAGCAACUGCCAAUGCUCGCGCGAGGAUUUUGAAUGCGACUUUGGCUACUACCAGCCCGACAUUUCGAGCGCGUGUGUGCUGGAGCCCGGCAGCAUUCCGGCCAGUAUCCCGUCGCCAUGCCCGGGUGGCACCACGUAUCCAAAGUCACAGGGCUACCGCAAGAUUGCUGGCGAUAGUUGCGUUGGCGGCGACGAAUCGUUGGCGCCCGUUGCAACCCCGUGUCCCAAGUCGCCCAUCCUGGGUCUGACCCUCUCGGCCACAGUCACCAGCGCCAUUCCGGUGUCCACCACCGUCAUCUUCCGUGCCGCUGUUCAAGAGGGAUCGCUGGAGAACGCACAGUACAUCUGGAACUUUGGUGAUGACACGGCGACCGUCGGCACCAGCUUCCCGAAUGUCACUCACAUUUUUGCCGCCGGUGGUCUGUUCUCGGUCUCGGUCACUGUGAAGAAUGGUAUCAGUGAGUCUUCCGCCUCCAUGACCAUUGAGGUUCAAGACAACCUGGCCGUCGCCGGGUUUGACUUCCCUCCCACCGUCUAUGUGGACCAGAAGACGACGUUUGCCGUGCGCAUGCAGCCGAAUCUGUACUUUGGCGCAUCCACGUACCUGUGGAGCUUUGGUCCGGAAAAUGUCGUCAUCAAUGGCUCUAGCAGUAUCGUCCACACGUUUAAAAAGAAGGGCACGUACACUGUCGCGCUGUCCAUUCACAACAAGGUCGACAAUCACGCCGAAUCGUUCACCGUUGAGGUGGUCCAGGGCGACGACUCUGGCUCGUCCUUCCCGAUUGCUGCGGUGGCUGUGCCUGCGGUGUUGGUGGUGAUUGCCCUCGGCGCUGUAGUCUAUCACUACCGACGCAAGUACUCUGAACUCAACGUGCGCUACUCGUCGCUGGCCGCUGAGAUUGCUCCCGAAGAUGCCAACCCCGAUUCGCCGUCGCCCAUCUCUGCUGUCGGCAUGCGCCCAGCGGCUCACUUUUCGAAUCAAAAGGCGCAUCUGCGUCUGCAUGAGGAUGACGAUACUGAUGAUGUCGUGGUGUAGUUGGUGUCGUGCUUUGUGUGUGUUUGGAACCAAAAAUCGUGACAGAUGCAUUCUUUCUAUUUCAGUUGCAAGACAUGACAAUGGCAAAAAAAUGUGCAUGAAUUAUCACUUCGUGUUGCGCGCA